AUGAGUAGAAAAGCAAAGACGAAUGUUUCAACAGUUGCAUCACAGCUGCCACUAGUUAUCAAAACAGGAAAAUAUCAUGUAGGAUUUAGACAAACCAUGAGCUCAUUAAUAAACGAGACCGGCAAGUACAUCAUUCUUACAAAGAACUACCCAGAAGUCAAGAAAAUGCAGAUAGAGUACUAUGCAAAGCUUGGAGGAAAUGUGCCAGUCUACAUGUUUGACGGAUCUAACAGGGAUCUAGCAAACCUGUGCGGAGCACACUUUAGAAUGGGAGUUAUGACCAUUUUAGACGAAGGGGAAGCUGACCUUGCUCAGUGCGACGAAUAA